AGGCUAUAUAAGAGGCGAUCCUCGAUUGCGAUCCUUCCAAGCGAGAGAGAGCAGAUCUCUAUAUUUCCUGACAAGAGGCCAAUGUCUCGACUGUCCCAUAUCCAAAUGCCAAGAGCCCGGGCUACACAUAAUUCAAUUCAACAAGCAGCAGCAGAACCGACAGUUGAUGCAACUCUUGAUUCAAGGAACAAUAUUGCAGGUUCUGGAAAUGCCAGCAAGCUAUGCUUCAGUAUCCACAAAAGAGUAGCUCUUGGUUUGCCUGCUCAACCACAAACUUUCUUGAUGUCUGGUGCUGGCAGAAUCUUCGAUCCAGCUGUGCGUGACCAAAUAAUGGCAGGGAGACUCAGGAAUGCGCAGCGGGUGUUCUACUCCAAGAGGGAAAUGCAUGUCCUCUAA